CAGCCCCGCCCCGCGCUCUCAGGGGCCCUCGGGCUGCGUGAGGGCCAAGCCGGAGCUGAGGAACAGCCCUGGAACGGGCCCGGGCCCGAGGGGGCUGGAGCUGAAAACACAAACAAACUUCUCCGCAGCUCCCGACACGGCUUUCCCGGCGCUGCCGCUACGGUGGACCCGGCUCAGCGGAGAGCCCUGGAGCCUCACUCCUCCUACCCCUAAUUAGGAGCAUCAGUGCAUCGCUUUGAUUUCCCCCAAAAAGACUCGCUCCGUGUUUGCUGUGGCCUCCUGCCACAGACUCCUGCAGUUAGAGGGCUGCCAUGUCCCUUCAGGUGGCCAUAAAGAAAAUGAGUCUCAAAGGGCAGAACAGGGGUCGAGCUGUGAAUGAGAUCCUGCUCCUGAAGGACAAGAAGAACCCCAACAUUAUCAACUCUUUGGACAGCUUCCUUGUUGAUGGAGAUCUCUGGCUGGUGAUGGAAUACAUGGAUGGAGGAACUUUGCAGGACGUUGUCAGACAGACACGCAUGGCUGAAGGAGAGAUGGCAGCUGUCAGUCGGGAGUGUCUGCAGGGCCUGGAUUUCCUCCAUUCCAAGCGGGUGAUGCACAGGGAUCUGAAGAGCUCCAACAUCCUCCUGGGAAUGGACGGCUCUGUCAGGCUGGCUGAUUUUGGCCUCUGCGCUCAGCUCAGCCCUGAGCGGGACCGGCGCAGCUCCAUGGUGGGCACUGCUCACUGGAUGGCCCCAGAAGUUGUGACCAGAUCUCCUUAUGGCCCCAAGGUGGACAUCUGGGCCUUUGGCAUUGUAACCAUCGAGAUGGUGGAAGGAGAACCUCCUUACUUCAGGGAAACGGGGGCCAUGGCUCGCGCUCUGAUCCGGCAGAACGGGACCCCGCAGCUGCAGGAGCCCCGGCGCCUGUCGGCUCUGCUGCGGGACUUCCUCGAGUGCAGCCUGGAGCCGGACGAGGAGCGGCGCUGGGCUGCCCAGGAGCUGCUGCAGCACCCGUUUCUGUCAUCAGCCAAGCCUCUCUCCAGCCUGACCCCUCUGAUCACUGCAGCGAAGCAACUGAGGGAGCAGCGGAGGAGAUGAAGCACUUGAGGACAGCUUUUAGUUACUGUAGUUAGGAGAACUAGUUAGUUAUGGUAGUUAGCACUGAUAGUUGGUUAUGGUAGUUAGCAUUGCUAGUUAGUUAUGGUAGUUAGCACAUUCUGUUUGUUAGGGUAGUUAGCAUUGCUAGUUAGUUAUGGUAGUUAGCACAGCCUGUUUAUUAUGGUUCUUAUGACAGCAUGUUUGUUAUGGCAGUUUUUUGAAUAAAAAUUCUCUUAAACCUCAA